UACAUGAUUCCAGUCGGUAACAGAGACCCAGGGCUGCGAGUGAAAUGUCACUGGCAGACACGGACACAGAGCGUGGGUUCUCUGGCGCCGAGUCUGAGUGCCCUUUCUCGGAGGUAAUUGAACUGAAUGUAGGGGGACAGGUGUAUGUGACACGGCACAUAACUUUGGUCGCUGUCCCAGACUCGCUCCUCUGGACCAUGUUCAGCAAGAAGACUCCAAAGGACCUGGCGCGCGACAACAAAGGGCGCUACUUCUUGGACAGGGACGGAUUCUUGUUUCGUUAUAUUUUAGACUACCUACGGGACCUCGACCUGGUACUGCCUGAUUAUUUCCCCGAGCAAAGCCGGCUGCAGAGAGAGGCUGAGUUCUUCCAGUUGCGGGACCUGUCCACGCGCAUCAGCCCCAGGACGAGAAAGGAUAACUCCGUCAGUGAUGAUAUUUGCCAGAGCGAGACCGAGAAGGGUGCGCUCCAGUGCGGCAUAGGGUCCUCCAGCGGAAUGGAAACUUUGCUCAUGAUGUCCGCAAUGAGCAGCGCCCGCUCCCGGUCUCGGGAGUCCAGAAAGUCAGGGUACAUCACAAUUGGAUACCGGGGAUUGUAUAGUAUCGGUAGAGAUAUCCAAACCGACGCCAAGUUCAGGAGAGUGGCGCGCAUCACGGUGUGUGGGAAAACGUCCCUUGCCAAAGAGGUGUUCUCGGACACUUUGAAUGAGAGCAGAGACCCCGAUCGGCCACCGGAGAGGUACACGUCCCGCUACUACCUGAAAUUCAAUUUCCUUGAGCAGGCGUUUGACAAGCUGACGGAGGUUGGCUUUCACAUGGUGGCUUGUAGCUCCACAGGCACGUGCGCCUACACUAACAAUGAUCCAAACGAGGAUACAAUCUGGACGAGUUAUAUGGAGUAUGUGUUUUGUCGGGACUAAAAUGUUGAUAUGAUCCCACCCCAGUAGCCGCUUUGAUAUUGAUGUUUACUGACAUUUUCUUUGGUUUAGCCUACUGGUGUAAGUAGGCCUCACGCACGCACGCACGCACGCACUCCUUCCUUCCUUCCAGAUAUUUCACAGAUCAGUCAUUGUGCCAGUUAGUGGCAUUGAGCCAAUCGUCAGUAUUGUUUUCUGAAUCCAGUCCUGUUAAAAUUAAAUUGAUAGAGAUGAUUAAUGUAAGAGAUCAUUCUGAAUGUCCAAGAAUAAUAGACAUAAAUGUAGUUGUACUUUAUUUUGAAUACUAGACCAUGGAUACCUGUCAUUGAGGGCAGGUGGGGCAGUGCUUGUUAGCAUGUUAAUUUGGCAUUAAUACGUGUCACAUAUCAGUUCGAAAACAAUGUAAAAAAUAAUAAUAAUUGAGUUAA